AUGGCAUCCGCAAGCAGCUCCGCACAGGCCGCCUUCGGGCUGGGCCGGAGGAAGAAGAACCCCGGACUCCUGGAUCAGAUUGGAAAGUUCUUUGGAGGUGACAAGAAGAGGAAGAGCAAGGUGAGAAAGCAGGAGAGUUGAGGUGAAAGCUCAACCCUUCUCAUCCUUCUCAUGUAUCUCAGUUCAUUCUGCUGAUUUGCUCCUAGAACCACCUUUAACUUCUGAUUCUUUAACCCAUCGUGUAAAAAUUAGUUGCAGCGUAUUGGUCAAAUGAACUUGUGUUGGUUUUAAUGUUGUUUCUGGUAAACCGAAGUCUGACAUUGUCCUGUGAUUCCCAAUAACUGGCUGAUAGGCAAUGAGUUGUCACUGGAUGAUGGCUUUGGGUGGGGUUGGUUUCUUCUUCUUGUUUUUAUUACAAAGAGGCUGUGAUUUUGAAUCAUUUACUAAUAGCUCUAUUGUCUCGUCUUCUUUUAUUUUAAUGGUACUGACAUUAGUAGCAUUCUUCUUUUAAAUUCACUUUAAUAUAUCACUUGUAGUCGUGAUCCGGUGGAAUUGCUCUUUCGUUGCUGUCGAUUUGUUCAUUAGCAAACGUGUCAAACUCCAGAUAGGAACAGUCGUGCUUUGGAUCUGGUACUUCCUUUAAUGAUAAUGAUGAUAAUGUGAGAGUUGCCAAUAUCAUUUAGAUGAAAUACUGGUUGUAUUAUCAUGGAUUUUAUGGAGGCAUUAGGCUUACAGCUUCUCGGCAGAGAUAGUCUUUAAGAUUUCUCGGUCUUGAGUCAUUUGAGCGUCUUUAAGAGGUCAGCCACAGGGAGGUUCUCUGAUACUGUUUGCAUGAAACAGCAGUCCGCCAAGUCUUUCUUAAAAAGAACUGAUUACAUUAUGCUAUAUAUGAUCAAAGCGGUAUAAUAUUUCUGUCAUAAUAACAUUAUUUAUCAUAGUAUUGGAGCAUAUAAUCACCACCUGUUUAGAAAUACCGCAAAGUCUGCGUAGUAGGAACGGGUUUUUCCUAUCGAACAGACAGCUGAUCAUGAGGCACUUGAGCCUGCAAUGCUUUUUAAAUACUAUGCUCUGCAGUGUUGUCAGGAUACCAUCAUUUCAACCAUUAGCUUCUAUAACUACCUGGCUGAUCAGGACUACUUUGUCACUGAAAGUAAAGCUAGCUGCUGUUGUAAAAAUGACAUUUCAAACUCCAUCGAUGUGGACCGACAGGGACAGGCUAAGAAGAACCAGACUGCAGGUCUGUUGGUUCCACCCUGUUUCUGUCAGCGAUGCCCUCUAGAGGUGGUGUGAAAAAAAGGAAAUUUACCAACAUUGAGUCCAAAGAUGGUGUUGAAAUGUUUGGAUAUCCUGAGAACACUGCAGCUGAAUUCCAAAGCUUUUCCAGGUGCUGUAAAAAAAAGUGAAAACUGAACUCCACCUGUAGUCAUUUCUACUGCUGUUCUCAACAGCGGCUUCAGUGGGUAUCGUGGUUUGAAAAAGGAGCUGCAUUGAAACAAAAUGCACCCUGUGGACAUAAAUAACCCUGUCUUAUUAUAAGCUUAUAGCCUGUAAAGAUUGCUGAUCAAAGUGCUUUAAGAAGGCGAUUAUAAGAGAUUGGUCAACAGCAUGAAUAUAUGCAUUUACCUCCCACGCCUUAUGUCAACUGUAACAACAAAUAAGAUUUUAUUGAAAUGUGUGCUAUAGAUGUUUGCAUCAGCCUGUUCUGCUGAUCAGAUCAUGUUUUGCUUUUGGAAAAAGUUCAGGGAAAAGUAUCAUCAGAACAAAUUGUGAAGCUUUCACUCAACAUGAGGUUCGUGAUCCGUUUUCUGCAGUAUUUUCUUUUCUUUUCGCUUUAUGCCAUGAAAUUGUACAUUGCUCUCCAUACUAAUGAGAAGUUUACUCAAACAAAGAUGUAAAAAUAUAUAUAUUUAUGUAUUCACCAAGGGUUUGCCUUUGAACGAGGAGCGUUCACAUGUCAUGUCAAGUGAAUGACGGACAGGUUUGCCCCACCUCUGUUGCCUCUAGCAAGAAAAACAACAAAUAGCCUGCACUAACUUUUCUGCUGCAAACACUUAUUUUUCCAACAAAAGCUCAACAUGAAGACAGAUAUUUUUAAGCUUAGACUCUAUCUGCCUGUGUGUCUGUGUGCACAGAUUCCCCACAGACAUUUUCAAUGCAUACUUCAAAGUGUGAGGCUGCAGUGUUAUUGGACAACUUUGUGUCAGUGUUUUCUGUUGCAUCUUGGAAAUGCAUGCUUAUUUGAGUAACUUUGAAAUGCUUGGCAGUUGCAAACUGACUCCUCAUGCUUUUUACCUGUAAUGCUUUUCCUUAUUUAUGUACUUAAUUUUCAACAAUAUAAGCCUGAGCCUUUCUAGAGAAAAAAAAAAAAGUUAGAAUAGUACAUGAGAGAUGUUUUACAAGCGGUGAAAUGAUGCCAAAAAACUCCAGUCUCAGGACAUGAAACAAAUGCAGUAAAUCUGCACUUGAUUAAAUUCAAAUGAUGAGGAUAAUGAUGUGCUAAUGGAAGAGGAAACCACGUUUGCAUGAGCCUCAGCUAAUCAAGCAGAAAAGAAGACUCUUAAAGUGGAGAAUAUUUUUAAUCUUUCAUUUGCAUUUUAGUUUGUUGAAUGGUAAGACUCAGUGGUUUCUGUGUAAGACCGGGCUUUAGCAGAACAGCUCACAGUCAGAACUCCACCUCUCUGGUACUCUGGUACUCUAACCCUGGUGUCUUGGAUGAACGAGCGGUGCAUCAGUGCUGAUACCUGUUUGGUAACGCGUUCAGCUCUGCUGCAGUGGAUUCCUGUAACCGUUUGUAUCUGUUGUGAACUGUUGUGACCAGUGACCUGUUCCUAACCUGACCCUGUUUGGAGCUUUUAUGGAUAACUGCUUGAUUAAAACUCUUUAACAAAAACCUCAGUGCUCUCUUUGUUUUGUUUUAAUCCAUGUUUAUUGAUGUCUCUCUUUUGGUUUUGUAAAAAAUGUGCAUUAACUGCUCUGCUAACAGCCAGCGUUCAAUAGUUAUUACUUCUUAUUUCGGGUGUUUGUUCAGCCACAAGCAACGAAGCAAACCAACAGUGAAACUUGAGCAUUGAUUUGAAGUGUUGGGACAAAUAUUCCAGUCUGAUCGAUCACCUAAACAUGCAGCAAACACAGGCUGUAUUCAAUAAUCUUUUAUCCGAGAGCUGAUGACUUCUUUGUAAACUAAAAGCAGAAAAACAAAAACCCUUUUCACUCAGUUUGUCCUCCAAAAAAAAGGACAAAGAUUGUUCUUGUUGCCUGGAGACAUGCAUGCUUGAAUUAGAAUUUACUGAUCCAAAGCGAUCUGAGAAAAGCGUCACCACAAUUGAGUCACUUUGCGUGAUUUUAAAAGGCUUUGCAUGUGCAUGAGCAGCAACGUGUAAAUCAGGAUGAUCACAUCCCGAACAGAAAGAGGCAUCAGCUCAGAAGUUCCGCCUGCUCGGGUGGAUUUCAGUCUCCAUCUAUCUUAGAGUCUGUGUUUUUUAUUCAUGACUCAGUAAGACGGUCCAAGAAACAAGUUCAAGCCAGAAGGGCUGCCAUGGAAAAUUACUGCACAAAACAAACAGACAAGGAUUUUUCAAAGACAUGCAUUUUAAUUUCAGGCCAAUACAAGCUGCAAAUCAGUGAUACUGCAAAACCAUCAGUGUGUCUGUUUUAUCAGUCGCACAUGAAAGGAGACAGUGAAACCUCCGUGUGUCCCGCUGAGCCCCAGAAAUUGAAAGUGUAAACACUGCUAAGCCUUCCGUUCCUUUGGAUCAGGUUAUGAAGAGGAAAUUUAAUCUAGUAAAACUUUAGAAAGUGUUUCAAAGUUAUCUGAUGCACAGGGUGACUGAACACAAUGUGUUUUUGUCCAGAAGAAAAGUUACAGAUGAAAAAGCCUCACCAAUUUAAGAUAUAAUUUCAGAUUUCUACCAUGAUCGGAACAAACAAGAAAAGUUUCUUUUUAAGAAAACAGAGAGGUUUGAGACCGUUAAACCGGUUAUCAGUGAGAAAAACUAUCAAGAUGACUGAUUCAAGUGUUUUCUCUAUUUUUGAAAAGAGAAGGGAGUAAGAAUAACAUGACGCCAAAUCAGAAAUUUUCAGUCUUGUUUAAAAAAUUUUUUAAAAAACCUGUCUGACAAAAAACUUCUCAAAUCUGCUCACACGUCUUUCAUUUCUACUCAGUCUCCUCGAAAAGGCAAUCAAUCUUGUUUUUUUCCUCAAUGGUUCGAUUUGUCUGCACAGAUAAUUGUCUCAUUUCUUCUCUUUGUUCACAAACAACAUUUAAUUUCCCUCUGGAGGAAUUUGGCACUGAUAAAUUUUAGCCUGAUUAAUCAAUUAGCCAAUUAAUCAGGCCAAUUGGAAUAAUGAAGUUUAAUAUUGCUUCUGAUAUAAGGAUUAGUCAUGACCUGAAAUCUGCAACAUAACCAAUGCAUUCGCCUAUUUUUGUAUUUUAUUCAAAAAUUCACUAACAACAUAUUAUUGUCUUGGAUAACCCUGAAUAUGACAUUGUCAUGCAUGAAAGACCGGAAUUUUCCUUUCAAUUUCUUUUAUAGUCCAAAUAUUGACCUUUUAUUUUCUCUUUUUCAAUUACCGCAGAUGGCUGCAGAGAAAACUAAAAGUUUCUUGUGGUAAUUUUUCACAGGGCCAAAUAAUUUUCACUUUGCAUUUAUUCAAUUAAAAGUUCACUCAAGUUCAGCAAUGCUGUUUCUCAUUUGUUAGUAUGACUGAAUCAACAUUUUUUGUCAAGUGAUCAGCGCUCUCAUUUCAGCAUUAUUGAAAAACUUUGAAUCGGUCAUCUACUGGUGUUUUUGUACUGAUACAGGAAAAAAAUAAGUUACAACUUUCUUCUGUGUGAGCUUGGAUGAGUUUGAGAGUGAAGAAAUAAUAACUGUGCUAUCUCAUUGAUUGUGGAUGAUGGGCUGCAGAUGUAAGGUGAGGCGAGUUUACAGACUGUAAUGGGCUGUCUGAUCUGUGAAGUUAAUCUACGAGAAUACUCUGAGGUUAUAGACAGACAUUUUCAUCCAUAAAUCUGUUGUCCCGAAAGAGGAAUCAUUAAACAACAUCCAUUAUAGAGCAGACGCUGACCAGGGUGUGACCUCAGCUGAAGCAGCUGUGAUCAUUAACCUGAAAUCUGUGGCCACUAACAAGGUUUAGUUGGUAUCCUGAUUGCAGAUGUAUUACCUUAUUUGUACGUCCUCAGCUCACAUUAUGGGUUUGAUGGGAACAUUGAUUUUGACACUGACAGAUAGGGGGAAAAAAAGAUAAGAAUUAAGAAGAAAAGAAGAAAGGAGAAAUAUCUGGCUAGGCUCACUUAUUGCAGAUUUUACACAAAUAAUUCAUUUUAGUCAUCUGUGAAGUUUCCAAUCAGCUGAAGUCAUGCAGCUGAGCUCAACAGCUAAGAGAUUUAGAGUGAACUUUACAUGAGUUUUCACAGUCCCCAGAUUACAGGUGAGUUCAGUGAGAGUGGCACCAUUAUCUGAUACAGACAUGUAGAUGCCAUUCUCAGGCUUGUCAAAUGUAUUUGCACAGACUCAAUCCUGGAGAGAGGUUCUCCGCCAUCUGAUCUCAUGUGAGAACAUAGUUGAGGCAGUACAGAUGCAUAUUUUUGUUAGAGAUGUUCUGAUACCAAUUUUUCCCUCCCAAUACAGAUUCUGAUACUUGUGCUGUGAGUAUCGGCCAACACUGAGUACUGAUCCGAUACCAGUAUAUUAUAAAAAAUAUAUAUCAAUAUAUGAUAAUCAUUGUGUAAGGUCUUACUAUAAGGUCGGGUUAAAACCCUUUGUAAAACACAAAUAAAUACAGCAAAUUCAAUACUGUUUUAAAUAGAACAGUAUAAAAAACAGGAAAUAGAAUUUAACAUUUUUAAAUAAAAAGGGAAUUUAAACUGAACAGAGUCAGCGGAGCUAACCAGUAAAUAAAUGACUGAUUUAAUAAAUUACAUGGUAUCAGAUCGGUGCCUGGACUUCAGUACUCGCUGAUACCAACACCAGCAUUUUCGGCAGUAUAGGAGCAGUUUCUGAUACUGAUAUCGGAAUCAGAUCAACUCUAAUUUUUGUGGGGCUUUUGUGUCAGUCAAGGAUAUAAAUGUCGCAGCUGAGUAUCAGUGAACACUGAUCGUCAGUUUUGAAUACAUUAAACAGCAUUUUACUGCGAGAAAUGUUUUAAAUGUUGCAUCAAAGAAAAUAACAGACUGUAAUGUAUGAGAGAAUACUUAACGUAGACCACACAUUAUGUUAUAAACAAUCACACAUAUUAAAAAUAACUAUUAUUAAAUACCAUUGUUAAUAAGGAUAUUACAGUAAGUGUCGAGAUGAGAUAAAGUAUUUGAUUUUUAAACAGCACUUUAGUUUUGGUGCCAUUAACUGCUGUCCAUUAUGGCAGCCUCACUGUAUUGAGCAGCAGUAGCUGAUGUGGUGUCUAAAGGUCCUUACACACCAGGCACGAAUUCGUCAGGCGACUUAUUCGCCUUUAUUCACCUUUAUUCGCCUUUUUUAAAAACAGCAUAAAGUCAAUGCAAGCUUCCACACUGGCGGCGUUUUUUCCGCGGGGCGAAAAGCCUCUUUUAUUUUUUCACUCUUGUGUCGAAUUUUUCUGAGAUUCGCAGGCGAAUAUCUGGACCUGCUAGACCUCUGGCCAAUCAAGAGUCAUGUUGUUGAUGACGUCACAGACCCAUGCGGCUGCAGUUCACACGACACACACCACCACUGGCACCAAGAGCAACGGAUGUCAAAAUAUUGACAUCCGAAAUAAUCGCACGAUAAAAACGGUCCCAGUGUGAAGGAUCUUUAGCUUUGCACGAAUCCCUGUGCAUGUCGUGUGGCCGAGAGAGACUCGAAUAGCAAUAGUCUCUGAAUUUGUCCUAUUUUUUCUGCAUACAAGCUGUCUUCAGUCUUUUUCAACCUCCAUUCAGUGCCUUAUUUGUUCUACAUAAAGCUAAAUUGCUCUUUAAGUUUCAACAGAAAAAUAUGAAGACAAAAGAUUUAAAGCGUUCAAAGCAUUUUUCAUCUUUUUGUCCCCCUGUCUGCAUCUGAAAUAAAUGUAAUUUGUAUUUCAAAGAAAGCAUCAGCUAUAGAAAAUCAAACUCUAUUAACUCGAGCCAAACAAUAAAAAAAAAGGUGUCACAAAGCCGGAAAACAGCUUGCAUUGUCAAUAUAUGAUGUGUACAAUAUUUCUUUGGAGCUUAAGGUAAAAAAAAUGAAGAAUUUAGUCUCUGCAGGUUAUUUUCAGGUUAUUUUUUAUUCUUUUUGACGCAUACACACGACUCUCAGACUGUCUACUGAGCCGUGAUAGAUACUGAACACUGCAGGAGUCAGAGUUCAAGACAAACUCUCAACAAACCUUUUAAUUAAAACCCCAGAAACCUUUUCUAAUAACAGCCCAGCCAUGACAGGACGUGCCCUCAUCACUCGUCCAGAUCUGGAUGUCUCAGCCAUUAUGAAAGGCAUUUUAAGAGCUAUUCAAAACUUUAUUUGCAUUUCGUUUUUUUAUCAUUUGACAUACUGUAUGUAUGCCUCUACUGCAGAGGUUAUUGAUCCUCAACUUUCAUACAUAAAAAAAUGAGGUAUACAAAGUGUGUUCGAGGAGGUGAGGAGAUGGGUGGAGAAGAAACACAGAGGAGGGACUCACUCACAUCAAAGGGCCACCAGCUGCAGGAUUCAUUGCACAUUAUUUGAUCUCCUCUCCCAUUUUGUACUUAUUUUUUCCCCUUCCUUCCACCACACACAGGCUCGACUGUCACCACCGAGGUUGUGCUAUUUUUUGCCCUCCCUUUCAUUUCUCCCUUGUUCUCCUGUCAUUUACACUGUGGAGGGACACAGAAACGCACCGCUCUGCAGGAGGACACCGUUAAGAGGUCCCUAGUGAAGAUCUGCUGCACCUACAGAGCUGUAAACCACUCCUACAAAGAGACCAGAUUUACACCCAUCCAAAUAAUUCCAUAACUAGAUAAGCAUUAACUGAAAGGUUCUGUUGUUAUUUGGUCUGUUUUUAAAAGAAACUAACGCUAUACAGACGUUAAAGGUGACACGUAAUCUAACACAGGUUAUGUAAAUCCUUUACCCCCCUUCAUCUGUUCCCUUAAGCUUCUUUUGAUGUGAGAUAAUGGACAUGAGUCACAAACAGCACGCCCACCCAACACCCUUUAUCACCCAGCCCCCACCCCCACCCCUUCACACAGACAUAAACACACUCAUGGACACACACGUUUUCUUUUUUUACAUUAAUAGGGUGACAGGAAAGACCUGAAUGAGGUGGCAUUAUCAAAGGCUGCACCUCCUGAGUGGGAGGAAAUUAGUUUUCCUCAUGUGGGCUGCAGGUUGUUAGUGGUGUUCAUUAUUAACAGGUUUAAAUGUUUCACCUUUAGUUCAUCUGUUUUUUUUUCUUUUUUUCUGAAUGACUUUUUUAUCUAAUACAUCAGUUUUUUCAAACAUAUUUUUAGGCCUGAAAGUUCGAGCUCAUCACCUCAUUGAACCGUCAUCUUGACACAUCCUCUGUAAAAGUCUGACUCUGCAGAAGCGGGCCGCAGUGAUUUUAAACCUCAGGAUGAUAAUUAGUCCUCUGUGUUCAAAUCAAGCUGCUGACAAGAAAAUACCGUCAUUCUCACCCCCUCAUUUGUUCCAGCUUUUUUUGUUUUUCAUGACAAGUUUUCCGUUAAAGAAGUCAGUGAGGUGGGAGGUGACAUUGACGUGAGGCUGAUAACGAUGAUGCAAACUGAAUGAAUACCUACGAUAGAUGGUAAGACAGUCAUGGCGGCUAUUUCUGGAUAUGAGUCAGACACUGAUGAGGGUAAAGACAUCCCGACUAACGUCACGAGGUAUCCAGCCGUCAUUAAAGACACACAGAGUGUGACAAAGGUGAUAAAAAAUGACGAUUUUUCCACCUCUUCUAAAGUUUCUGGCCUCAACUUCACUGCAUCCUUCAGCCAAUACAAAACAAGUAUUUAGUUGGAAAGAUGUAUUCAAAUAUAAGUGAAUACUGUAUCGCUGUUUCAGGUAAGUAUGCUAGUUAUACAACAUGAUUUUAAGCUGCUUCUUGUCUCAAAUAUUCUUAGCAUCACCCAAGCACUGAAUGAUUCAGCUUUUGUUUUUUAUUUUAUUUUUAUUAUUAUUAUUAUUAUUAUUAUUAUUAUAUUUUUUUUACUUAUCAUGAGACUACAAAAGAGGAUUAGGGCCACUUAAAAAAAAAAAAAGGUCUAAUAUAAUUUUUUAAAUUAUUAUUCUGAGAAAGAAUUCUGAGAUUAAAGUCAGAAUUCAGACUUUUUUCUCAAAAUAAUAAUUAAAAAAAUUAUAUCUGACCUUUUAUUUUUAUUUUUUGUCUUUUUUAUUCAGUGGCCCUGACCCUCUUCCGUAUGAGACAGUGUAAGAAUCAGAUGUUUUCUUUUUCUCAUUCAUGAAUGAGAGUAAAAGAAAGCAGGACAUUUUUUCUGUAUUUUGAGUGUUGUAAUUUAUCUGUGUAGUUUCAGUGUUUUUAGUUGUACGUAGAUUAAACCACAAAGUAAUAGAUGAACUAUUAAAGCUGUCUUAUUUUAAUGGUAAAACUUGAUGGAUGAUCUCAUGUGAGGCGUAAAAGUCAAGCUUUUUUACUCUUGAGUGUGAGUACACGUCUCAAACAAGCAGGUCUUUUGUCCCCUUCUUUCUUUUCCUUUCUAUCCUUUCCUCCUCAGGGAUCUUUCCGGGGUGCUCUCUCCCCAGCCCCUCAGAAAGCCUCUGCUACUUCCCCACGUAAGAAGGGCCAGGAGAACGCCGUGGUCCACUUCUUCCGCACGAUCGUGAGUACACUGUGAACACAGUGCAUCUUUGAAAGCCUCACCGUUUGUGUGACUGCGAGUCUGCCUCAGACUUGUUCUCUCCAUGUUUGUCCCUUUACUCUUUAAUCUGUUGUCUCUCACUAACUCUGUCAAAUCUCUUUACUUCUCUGUGAUUAACUCUUCUUUAGGUCUCCCCUGCCCCUCCCAAGUCUAGGGUGAGUCUACUUUAUACAGCCACUCUUUUUUUUUUUAAUUUGCAAAAAUAAUUUUCCUCAAGAACGAUAAAAAAAAAAAUUGAUUUAGGUCAGACAUCAAACCUUGUAUUAUUACAGCAGUAAUAGCUGGCUGUUUAAUCUGGAGCUAGUGCUUUCUAGAUUAUAUUUGAAUUGUUGUUACUUGCUUGUUGAAUGAUGAUCAUUAUGUCUUCAGUUUCUUAGAAAUAGUUGUCUUUUUUUCCUUUAUCUCAGACGUGUAAUCCUUUUUACGUACCUUGACAUGUUUCGGCGGAAAUGUCUGCCUUCCUUAGAAAGAAGGCAGGAGUGAUAGGACACUUCUGAGGAGGCCAGAAGUUUCCUCAGAAGUUUCCGCUGAAACAUGUCAAGGUACGUAAAAAGGAUUACACGUCUGAGAUAAAGGAAAAAAAGAAAACUGUCUUUACUUGCACUGAGCUUGGGUAAAUGCAGGAACAUCUAUGAGGGUAUGCAUUAUAUCACAGCGAACCACAUAGUGGCUACAAAGAGCAUCUAUCAUGUAUCACUUAAUGCAAACCAGGACAGGACCAGGUUAUGUUCACAGUAAAAGCCCCAUCCUAUCAUGUAUUAUCACAUGACAGUGUUUCCUGUGGGCAGCUCAGAUCCACAGCCCUCAAUAACAUACAGAAACAUUAUAACCACAGUGUUAUAUAAAGCAAGACAAAGUCAUGCAGAUGCAGCACAUUCUGUCCAGAGUCUAUUGUGUGCAUCAUGCGACCACAGAGCCUCAGCGUUCAGUUAGUGAUGUGAAUACAGAUUAGUGUCAGGAAACCCAGUUUCACACACAUGCUCAUAUCUGCUGUGUCUUUGGUAAACUGUAGGAGUUUCAAUCAAACCAAACACUCCGUAACCUAAGCAAAAAUCUGUCCUUUUAUGGUGGCUUUAGUUGUUCUGCUCUCUGAAGGCAGCCGCACUGGAGGAUAUUUUUCCUCUUAGGCUGUUGCCAGAUACAGCUUCUAGUUUUCAGCCCCAAAGUCGUCCAAAUACCAUCACUAUGUGUAAGAAAAACACCCACAAUAUAUCAUCUAUGCUUUUAGUUCUGUGAUGUUAUUUUGAGUGGCAUACAUUGCACCGUAAAAACGAAUUGACAACUGAUAAAUUAUUAACACAUAGAUGACUUUUAAAACAACAAACCACAGCAGCAGCCAAGGAUCACAGCAUAUUGAUUUUAGGUGCAUUGUCACCACCUUCUACAGCUGAUGGGAUCUUACUGGAGAGUCAUCUUGGUGGGAUAGUGAUGUCAGUGCAUACCCUCGGUACUCAGCAUACCUAAUUAUGAUAUUUUGAGGACCUUCAUGGUUUAGUUCAUUCACUGGUUCACAUCUUUGUUUUAGCUGAGUGUCAAUAAAUCUGUGCUCUUCUCAUUGCGAGCAUCUUCCUCUCUCCUCUUUCCCUCUCCCCCCGCUGCUCCUCUUCUGCUCCUGCCCCCCUGUGACCUUGUGACCCUGUGACCUUUCCCCCUCCUGGAUGGACCCUCCCACCUGCCUCCUUCUUCUCCUUCCCAUCCUGCCUUUGCGCUGAGUAAGACACAUAUUUCUAUUUGUCCCCUCUCCCAUUUGUCUCUUGUCUUUUGUCUCUUGUCUCUCCGCACGUCCAGUGGAGAGGACUAGCAGCCAAGAUAGGCCUGGUAGGUGAUUUAUAAAAACCUGCGCAGACAGAGGUUUCAUGCCUAAUUAAACCAAGAGGACAAUUGAGGUCAUCUACUCAAACAGCCUCCGAGCGUGACGCCUGUGACUCUGUGUCCAUUUAGUCUCCAUCAAGCACUUUAGCCACCAUAAUCUGUCCAUACAUCAGCGAUAACGCCCUCAUUUCCCUCCGACCUAAGUCCAUUUUCAGACACUCCAUUCCCAUUUUGUACCUCUGCACUGCGACUUAUCCCUAUCAUGUUUUUUUGUAUCAUAUAUACACGAUAACACAGGCAUUAUUCUGCUCUUCAUUAUCACCGAGUCAUUUCAAAAAUUCCUCUGAGGCUGAAUGAAGUGCAGCUGCCAUCUGCUUCAUUUAGCCACACUAUCAGGACCUCAUCUAAGGUCUCAUGCCUGUCUGUGUGUGUGUGUGUGUGCAUGUGAGGUAUCAUGUCGACAAGUGUCUUUGUAUGUUCUGAAGCAGGAAAGCUGUUGGGGGUAAAGGACAAAGGAGACGUCCUGUGAGAAACAAUUAGAAAUGUUUGGAAAUGCUUGGGGUGGGGUAAGGUGUGGAUUAGAAGCUCCAUAAGUACAAAAUUUAGCAUGUGUACAUUUAAAAAAAAUAUUCAGUGUCAUGUAGUCUGAAGUCAGAAUGUGUAUUUUCAGUUAGCAUAUCCUCAGUGUUGCUAAACGUCUUUAUAGGCCUGGUUUUGGACUAGAGGUGGCCAUAUUUGGGCAGUGUGUUGGAUUUACAAUGUCGUCCCUCCCAUUGACUGUAUCAAAAGACAGAGGAAGUAUCUCGAGCCAAGUCAGACCCUUCAUGUCUCAGCACAGCAGCCAAUCCCCCUGACCCCAGAUCGGUGCAAACAUACCGCACUGAGUCAUCAUCUGGGUACAAGUCAGAGCAGUGAGGACUGGACUUGGCAGACCGGGGUAUUGCCAUCUGCUGCUUCCUCUGAGCCGACUUAAGUAACAAACACAAUGUUUAUCAUUUUCUUUGUUUUAUUUUUUUUAAUGAUCAGUCAUCAGUCAGCUGAAGCAGCGUCAAACACUUUGGCUUCGAUUUUGUAUAGCUAUUAUGUCAUCCAUCUCUUUAUAGACAAAUUUGAUGAUUUAUUGGAAGUCAACAUACAAUAAUAAUAUAAAGUGAAAAGUGUUUAAUUUUGUGCUUCUACUUUCUUAAUAAACAUAUUUGUGACGAAAAUGACACAAACUUUGGUGGAAACAAGUGGAGUAAGGAGCAGUUUUCUUAACAGUCAUGACAAACCCAAGUUUUACAGCUUGCCUAAUGUAGUGGUUGGUUUUCCAAAAGGGGAGAGGGAGAGGCUCCGGAAGAAACUCUUAGCCGCGUUCAGACCAAACGCGACUUGAAGCGACCUAGUCGACACAUCCUAUGUAUUAUUCAAAGCCAGGAGGAUCACGCUUAAGGAGGAAGAUAUGAAUGUAGGAAAAAUUACAACCAGAGCUCUGCUACAAUGUAAGAUUUUGGUGCUCUGAACUUCUCUGAAGCCUUUGCUAAUAAAUUAGAUGGCCGACCGUCCAGCAUUAGCCGGGAGGUCCAGUAUUUGAGCCAAAAGAGGCGCGUGGUAAAUGCUAAAGCUACAUGCUGCUCCGGAGGGGGAUUUUGUCCCCCGCCGGCGGAGUUGUCGGGGAAGAAGCGAGCGGCUAAAAUACGGGAGGAUCCGGUAAAUUGGCAUAGAUCCGGUGUGUUUAUCAAAGCGUGGUGGCCGUGCUGAGGCACCGGUGGGAAUUUAGGCUGAACAGUAGUAGGAUCACGGAUAGUUGGUACGGAUCCAUUCUUUAUCUUCAGACAUCUAGAAAAUCCAGCGUUGAACUGUCCCUCGUUGGUAAAACAGUCCGAAGUGAAAUGGUGCGCACAUACGUACAGAUAUUUUGGAAGUGCCGCGGGUACAUUCCCAUUAUAAAUAAAAUCCACCCAUAGAGUCCUCAAAUCCUCCGACGAGGGAGUCUGUGCUCGUUUGUGCAGCCAACAACAGAGCAAACGCUGCCUCUUUUUCAGAUCGUACUUCCGCCAUGAUUCUAACCGGAGCAAUGCGAGCGAGCGGCCGGGAAUAAUGGCGGUGUUUUGAUAAUUUCCGGGCAGGGCAGUGGGCGGCUCCAUGGGCAGUACCAUCAACCCGCCAGCACUGACAUGACAUCAUGUCAGUGGAGUUUUCAGAACGGCUCUGAGCACACAGUUCCUAAAUACGGAAAUAACUAAAAAACGACUAGAUGGAAUUUUUUUUUUCUAUCCCUGCCCCCCUCCCGUUAACAAAGUCAGUUUUUCAUGCCAUGGCCCCUUUAACUCAUUCAAUAACUCCGCGAGGCUACGGUAGCUGCAGUGCUCCAAAAAGUCAAAAGGAUUUGAAGUGCGCCUUAUAGUGCGAAAAAUACGGUACUUCCAGCUUUCUGAGAAUUUAAGGCACAAACACUUUACACUCAAAGUCAAACCACAAAGCGCAAAUGUUAAGCUGCAGUGUUUUAGAUUUUGUUCACUUGAGCUGAUGGAGAAAGUAAAACACAGCUCACUGGCUGGGUUUAAUACACAGCAGAAGGCAGACUCCUCAAAAACAGAUUAGCAAGGCUAAGCAGCUGAAACCCAAUCAGCAUUAGGGAAAUAAGCAGGGCUCAUUCAUGGUUUUUAGGAAGAAAACUGCAAUGAAAUAAAAGCUGGAACCUUAUUUUUCCUGCCAGACUUUGGCAACUCUUGGCUUUUUAAGUUUAUGCAUAAAACACAAAAUAGUUGGAUGAAACCUUUGCCAGAAGUUGAAUGAAAUAAAGUUGAAAAGCAGAAAGGCAGGGAUGGAUUUUUUCCUGAAACGUCCUUUGUAGUGCACUUAUUCCUCAGUGGGACACACCCUGCAGAUGGAGGUUGUACGUGUCAUAUCCUCCUCCUUUCACUGGCUCUUUGAAACUCUCUCAUCCACUCUCACUGAACUGAAAAGGACUCAGGGGCUCUCUUUUGAAAGGUCAGCUCUGUCUUAUUCUCCUGCAAAUGAUCCACUUUUAACGAUCUGCCUCUGUUCUUCCUCUGCCAGGGUGACCAGAAGUCAUCAAAGAAGGCCGGUGCAGGGGAAGGCACCCUGACUAGGAUCUUCAAAAUGGUGAGAAAAUAUGGAAAAAAAAAUCUUUCUCAAACACUUUUAAAGUUAUCUCCCUGAAACUUUCUACGCUUCACUCUGGUGGAAGUGAAGUCUGUCAGAAAGUGGAAUGUCUCCAUAAUAACUUUCUUGCCCUCUCCCCUUUUUCCUGCUUCAGUGAUGAUAUCCGCAGCAGAGUGAGUAACUGAUAUGCACUGGAGGGAUACUUGAGUUUAAUUCCCUCCGCAUGUGUUUGAUAUGCUUCGAAGACAUCGUAAUCUCAUUACUCCUGUAGCAGCAGCAGCAGCAGUAGCAGUGGAAGCUGCAGCGGAAUAAUAAGAGGCUUUUAGAGACAAGACUGAUCAUCAUGCACGCUACAAGCUUUGCACCACAGCUGAUAAAAUCAUGCUGGAGAUAAGAGAUCCUGGUCUGAAGGGCCCUAAGGAGCUAUCGCUAACAUAAUGCACCUGCUUUACAGGGAGGGGGUAAGGGGUUGCUUAUGCACAUAUGUACAAUAACCAUACUUCACAAUACGAUCAGUGACUUGCCAAACAUGGCUGGCUGCUGCAGAUCUUCAGAAUAAGCUGUAUAAAACUGAUCAUAGCACCUACAGUAUGUUGUUCUCGCAAAUGCUACAAAGUUAAACGAUGCCAAGGAUGGAUUUUUCUUCCAAACAACAAUAACUGGAAAGUGAAAAAUUAAGUGUUGAUGAGUUGGUUAGAACAAGAACGUAAUAACUACUUCUGUUUUGUUUUUGUUUGUUUUUUUCUUAAAAUCAUCUUAAAGUUCCUUACACAUCGGGAAUGACGCAAAUACACGACGUGAAAUUACAAAAUAUUCAGAGGCGAAUCUUGACACACCUGACUAUACACAUCAAGCGUGAUGCGUCCCAGAUGGAAGCGAGAAGACUGACACAACAGCAGACUGACUGUUUUUCAGUUCUGAUUAGACACUAGUGUUGAGAUGGCUGUCUGUCAUGAUGUACUGAGUCAGGGCCAGUACCAGAUAAGCAAAUUAAACUAUAAUCCAUAAACGUAAGGUAACAACCGAGACCUGACAGCAACAUGACUGAGUUUGAGACAGUGAAAAUACAUAUGGUAUGUUGUAUCUGGACAGGUUAGCUUACGAGCUAAAGUUACUUAGCACAGAUGAAAGUUACAACAAAGACGUUUAGCAAACUGUUGAAGCACACAAAUCAUCUUCAUAGGAGAAAUCCAACGCUAUGACUCUCCACAAGUUGUCCUUCAGGUCGUUAUCUUUGUAAUGUUUGUGUCUUUUAUCAAAAAGCACUCUGUUCUCCCACACGUAAACAAUCAGCCGGUUGGCCAUGUUGGAUAUACCGGUAAUCUGAUGUCACAACAACAUGCAAUCUGAUUGGUCAGAAGUGGACACACAGUAUGCGAAACUUCAGAAAAUUCGACCGUGAUACAAAAAAAUAAAUGUUGCAAUAUCGCAGGACAGGAAAACGUUGCUGAUGUGAAUGCUUGUAUAGACAGGCUAUGGGUUCGGAGAAAAAAAAUAUAUUGACAUUGGAAAUAAUCGCACGACAAAAAUGGUUUCCGGGUGUGUAAGGACCUUAAACCUUACCCCUCACCAACUGACCAUGCAGCUAGGAUACAAAUGUCACCAAAACAAUUUUUUAAACAAACCAGAAACAGCUUUCCUGAGAGGAACUUUUGGAAAAGACUUUUCAAAAGAAUUGAUGCUAAUCUAUGAUGUACGAAAGAUCAUCAGUAACAAUCAGUGGUUACCACUUUGUCCACAGGGGGCGCCAAAAUCAACACAGAUUUAAAAGAUCCCCACAGGGACUUUAAAGAUACAGUGGGUCAAAAUUGGAAUAAUUACAGAUUUUAGAUUGAUACUCCCCCUCUCUUACCUCUCCUAUCAGUUUUGUAAUAAGUACCGUACUUUAGGCUAAAUGAUUUUUAAAUAAAGCAGAAUCUUUGCUCAUUUAAACAUGCUUACGGUUAUCAUGUCACAUUUAUGCUCAGUCCAUUCAUCUGUUGCUUAAUAUUACUCUUCUUAGAGGUUUAAACAGAAGGUUUGCACUUCCCAAACUAUGAACUAAAGCAGCAAACCUAUUUUUAAGCUUUAGCCCACUCAGGCUUCUUCUGACGGCUUCAUUCACGACUGCCUGCAUUCCCAUUAAAAAACCAUCUUCACAGCUGUUGAUUUGUAUUCAAACACCAUGAGCAGGACUGGCAGCUCUCACGCUCUGCAGGUUUUUGUCAGUCAGAUUUUAAUUAGUCGACCUCCCUCACUGUACCUGAGAUAAAUUUGCUGAACAUUAGAUGGUAGUAAAGAGGAAUCCUAAUUUCCCCUGAGCAGUAAACAUCUUCAGAGCUGAUGAAGUUCUAGGAUGCUCGUUUUACACCCCCCUGAUACAGCUAAUUAGCUUAAACUGAGAGCCAUCACACUGUCACUUCAGUUACAGGUUGACAAUUCAAAUUAGCAUGAGAAUAAACCUGCAUUUACUUUCAAAGAUGUUUCACUCUCCAGCGCUGCUCAUUGUCAGUGUAUGAGGAUUUCUUUCUCUCUCAUGCUGGAUAAUGAAUUGCAUCCAAAAGGUUUAAAAGACUGACUCAGAUCUAAAGCUCAGUCCCUGGCGAUGUAAGAUAAAGAGAGAGAAAAACUUGAGACAAUGUGGAUUAUCGUCUCAAGCAGUCCAUGAGGAUUUGUUUCAUUUUAUAAGCGUUUUGUUUUCAGAAUCCUCUUCUCAUCCCUCUUAUUGAUCUGAAUUAAAGUGCAACAAAAGAGUUAACCAUAAUGUCAUAGACACAGGAAGUCCUCUCUCAACUGUCUGGACAUGAGACAAACACAAAACAGGGAGGUUCUACCUCUAGCAAGAUGAAACGCCACAAAGGACAAUAAAGACAGCACACUUGUGAGUGAGGCAAUAUGUAACCUGCAGUUAGAGAAUAAAAGUCAACAUAUUGUUCUUUUAUUCUUUAUCUUCAUGAUGAAUGUGAGGGAAGCUCCCUCCGACAAAGACUUAAAUAAUAGUCUGCCUGCAAAAUAAUGGCCUAAAGUGUGUGGAGGUCCAACUUUACCGAUCAGUAGAUACAAAAAUAUAUCAGUAUUUAAAGGUCAUCUUUGAAGGAUGUUCAAGACAUUUAAAUUCAACUCAUUCAUACAGAGAAAGUGGACUUUUUGUUUGGUAUUGAUUUACAAGACACACAAACUAAAGCUACUAUACAGAGUUUUAAUCUGGUUGAGAAGCAGACUGAGAUUGAUAUGUGUCUUUUGGUGACCGUAGGAAGCUGAUAAAAGCAUGAAUAAGAAAACAAAGCAAAAAAAAACUAUUUAUAUUUUGUUAUUCAAGUGUCUGAAAUGAUCAUUGAUCUGUACCCUGUUGUGUAUCCAACACUGAAGAGACACGCAAUAUUGCCUCUAUUCAAAGCUAAUCUUGUGUAAAAACAGACAUAGAGGUAUCAAUAUAACGCCUGUGAAAGGAUGCGAAGAUGCAUGUCAUGUUGUGCACCAUGAGUAAUGGUGCUAAAGUACUUAAAGGUGGGGUAGACAGGAAUCCAUUCAAGAAGCGUCUUUUUUGUGGUGUAGAUACAAAAAAGCUUUUAAUAUCAGUCAAUAGCUCUUAGUCAUUGAUGACAUUUGGUGAUAUAACGAUAUCACUGUGUUUUGUUAUGUCUGUGUAGUCAACAUUCUACAUUUUUAGAGUGCUCCGCUCUUUCUGACUGUAAACAAAGCCAUUCCGCGCCUCCCCCAUCCUGAUUGGUUGUGAGGCAGACGCUGCUCCCCAGUGUCGCUCAGGAGCCCAAACAAAGUUAGCGUGCUACAACAUCUGACAGUAGAAACCAACCAGAAAGUUAGCAAAAAUUAGCAAAGAUGUCUAAACCAACAGCUCAACAUACACUCAAAUUAAAACGUUAUCACACAGGAUGACUUUAUCCUCAUAAUGUUAUGGUUUUGACAUCACUUCAUUUAUUGUCAGGAUAUGAUGUUGAUCCUACAACAUUUUGAGUUGAUUUUCUUACAACUCUCUUCUCACAAUAUAAUGAUAACUGCAAUUUUGUUCCUGCAGGAAUAUAUCUUUAAAAAAAUUUUUAUUUUGUUAAUCUUGAAAAAAUUAUACAUAUUAAUGUGACCCCAAUACUCCAUCCUAAACUCAGACUGAAGCCUAACUUUAAAUCAUUUACAGCUCAGUCACAUUCUUAUUUUCUUUUCAGUGCUUACUUUGUUUUUGUGUUAGCGCUGGAUUAUUGCUCUCAGCGUGCCAAUUAUUUUUCUUUUAGCUUCUUUUAGCCUCCAUAGUUAUGCAUCAUUGCAGCUCUGAAGAUUACCCACAAGCCUGCACUCUUGCCCAUUUCCUCUAUUUAUGGACUCCUCUGGCUUUUAUCAGUGCUGAGCUCUGGUCUUAUUAUUUGGUCGGAGAAUAAGCAAAAGGUAAAAUGUUACAGAGUUAGAAUAUUAAAGACUUUCUCCACAGCUUUUAUAUAAAUGAAAAAGUACAUGUUGAAAUAAUAACUCUGUUCUUAGCAAAGUCCUUGGACAUGUUCUUCAUCGUGAUUUGAUAUUUUUAUGAGGCAGCAAAUCUUUUCAAGUCAUCAGUGGUGAUUCAUGGUGGUAAAAAAACAAACAAACAAAAAACCCUACCCUAACAGAAGCUGUUUUCCUCAGUGCUGACAAGCGUGGAGAAAUCUCUUUACUGAGAUUAAACCUGUCAUCUCAUCCCCCCCAAGACAGUUUCAUGGGCCAGAGUUCAGAAACACCAGAGCAGUUCAUUAAAGCAGAAUCAGACCUGAAGGACUGCCAUGUCCACAUUUUCAUCAUCAUCUUUAUCCUCUCUGUUCUUCAGGGAAGCAGGAGUGCUUCUCCAGCCAAACGCUGAAGUCCCAACACAACCCCCCAACCAACAGCAUGAGGGCAAAGGUCAAGACCGCGGGACUGAAGUGGGGAAAAAGAGGAAGAAAAGGAGGAAAUCUUGUCACCCCCUAACCUCCCUUUCCUCCCAUCUCUGA